GGUUCAACCAUUAAACAGUCAAAAUACGGUUGUAGUCGCUGACGAUGGGUGUCUGAUACAGAAGAAAAUAAACCGUGAAUAAGUUUGGCUACUUGAUUGAUAUUGCAGUAGUCGGCGCAAAAUGAUCUGCAAAUAGUAUGUCUAUGCAUUGAUUGACAUUGUUGUCGAAGGUAUUUUAAGACGACAACUAGUCUUACGUGCUAAGACUAGCUAGCUAGCAAGCUAGCCAACAUCACUGUACUGUCUGCUAGCUAGCUGGCUAGCUACACCAAAAACCUACAGUUAUGUUUGUUCAAGAAGAAAAGAUAUUCGCGGGGAAAUUAUUAAAAAUCCACGUUUGUACCAUGGAGGGCACGGAGUGGCUGGAAGAAGUUACAGAUGACACCACUAUUGACAAACUCAAAGAGAAGUGCUUGAAACAUUACGUCCAUGGGAGUCUUGAAGACCCUAAAACACUCACCCAUCACAAGCUCAUCCACGCUGCUUCAGAGAGGAUCCUCACAGAAACUAAAACUGUAGCUGAAGAAAACUUGAAAGAUAAAGAUGUCCUCCUAUUGGUCAAGAAAAGGCCUCCACCACCACCUCCAAAAAUGGCUGAUAUAUCCGCAGAUGAAAAGAAGAAGCAGGACAACAAGGCACCAGACAAAGACGCCAUCCUGAAGGCCACCGCUGGCCUCUCUACCCGCCACACCGACCGCACUGUCACCCAGCACAACAUCCGAGACUUUCAGACUGAACUCAGGAAAAUCCUCGUCUCCCUCAUCGAAGUGGCCCAGAAGCUGCUCGCGUUGAACCCCGACGCCGUGGAACUCUUUAAGAAGGCCAACGCCAUGUUGGAUGAGGACGAGGAGGACCGGGUGGAUGAGUCGGCCCUUCAGCAGCUGACAGAGAUGGGCUUCCCCGAGAGCAGAGCCAUCAAAGCCCUCAGACUAAACCACAUGUCGGUGACCCAGGCCAUGGAGUGGCUGAUUGAGCAUGUAGACGACCCUUCCGUGGACACCCCCCUACCCAGCCUGGAGGCCCCUGGGGCAGCCGCCGCUUCCGCCCCCAGCCCCAUCUCAUCCUCCGUGGCCUCCAGCCACCUCCUCCUCCGCUCUCACUCCCAGCCCAGCGCGGAGGACAGCGGCCGGCAGGAUGAGCUCACUGAAAUCUUCAAGAGGAUCCGCAGGAAACGAGAGUUCAGGCCUGACUCACGGGCGGUGAUUGCACUGAUGGAGAUGGGCUUCGAUGAGAAGGAGGUGAUCGACGCACUGCGGGUUAACAACAACCAACAGGAUGCCGCGUGCGAGUGGCUGCUGGGGGACAGGAAGCCGUCUCCAGAAGACCUGGACAAGGGCAUCGACACCAACAGUCCUCUGUUCCAGGCUAUCCUGGAGAACCCUGUGGUCCAGCUGGGACUCACCAACCCCAAGACCCUACUGGCAUUUGAAGACAUGUUGGAAAACCCUCUCAACAGCACGCAGUGGAUGAACGACCCAGAAACUGGGCCUGUCAUGCUGCAGAUCUCCAGAAUCUUCCAGACACUGAAUCGCACAUAGAGCCUACGGUGUGUGAGUGUGUGUGUGUGUGUGUGUGCGCGCGCACGUGUGUGUGUGUUUGCAGGUGUGGCUGGGACACCAGUAUUGUUAAUGCCUUGUACAGUCAAAGCCUGAAGAGGUGUGUGAAGAAUGAUGAAGAGAUGUUACACAGAUCUAUUUAUAACACAGCCGAAAACCUUGUGAACAACAGUGUAUAACAUGAACAUAAUUAUUAAUAUUAUUAAAGUAAUAAUAUUUGAAAUUUAGUAUGUUGUUUUUACAUUUUAAUAAGAACAAUUUAUAGUCGUCACAGACAUGAUUAGUUUUAUAUUAUUUUGUCAUCGAACCAUCAGGCAUCAAACCAAUGUUUACACUUCAGAAGUAGCUGCGUGGCGAGAUUUGAAUAUCAAUUACAUUUUUGUUUUUGUCUCCUUAAGUUGUUACAUUUCGUCAAAGGUGAAUGUCUUUAGGGAGAAGUGGAACGACUCAUGUCGGUAUCAUCGUCUGCAAUGAUAUGGUUGUGGUUCUCUUGUGUGGCCACCCUUUUAGUCGAUAUUAAAGGUUGAUGUAGAGGGAUGUGUUUGGGUAGCUAACGCUGUUCAGCCUCGAGAGCCGACCAGUCUGCUGGACUGACGCGAGUCCCACUCCUCUUCUCACAAAAGAACUGGGAGAGGUUGUCUUUGUGCUUCUCCCAAAUAUUUAUUUAACUUUCAACCUUUUGCCUUUUAGGGGGGGGGGGAUACUAUACUGUCUAUGUGUCUGUAAUCUGUCGAGUUUGUUUAAUUGUCUUUGCUUGUUUUUACACACCAGAGAUGAUAUCUAGGCCUGUGUGUUCUGAAUGUCACAUUGUGCUCUUAAAGCACCUGUUCUCAUGUCACCAUGCAGUUCACUAGAGGUUCCUUUAGUCAUCUGUGUUUGCAGUACAACAUAUGCGGGGAAAAUUAAACCAAAUACCCCCCCCUCCCCCAAAAAGAAAAAACCUGAAGGAAUUUUGUCAUGUCAAGAAAUAGAGUCAGUAUUCACUAUUGUUUUCUGCAGCACUGUUUCUCCUUUAUUAGUAAGGUGAAUACCAUGAGAAUAUGUCAUGUAACUGAACAUAAUAAUCUUAGUACAAAUGUGUGAUUAGGUUGACUUUACACUCAUGGUGUCCUAGACGGUUUUCUCUUGAGGGGUAGAUUUAUUAUGCUGUUGAACCAAAACUGAAUUUACUUUUUAGCUACUAUGAGAUGACAUGCAUCAUCAUGAACAAGACCAGUUCAAAACAUAUUAUAGAAUACAUUUUUGUGCAAUAGCUAUAAUUUAACCAAGGGAUUUGGGAUUUUGUUGACCUGUGGAAAAAAGAUGUAUGUGUGAAAUGCUUUGGGGUAGUGUGGAUGUGGAACCUUCUACCAUUACAUUGGUUACUAUGUGAGAUCCCAGAAACUGAACUAGUUUAUUAGACAAUAGACAUUGGCUAGUUAAGCUGCUUCUAGUUUCGGUAUAGAGGGACGGGGAGAAUAGUGUGUUUAUUCAAUAUUUGAAUUGCGGUGUUGAUGUGACUUUUUGCUCAGACAGGCCAUUGUUGUUCUUCUACAACCUUAAUGGUCGCCCUCCACUAUGUUGUGCUUAGCUUGUCAUUGCAUAUGGCUUUAACUAACCAUGCUCACCCAUCAUGUUUAUGAAGCAGAGCAUCUCUACAUGUGGUUUGUUAAAUGCCUUGUUUAAUAUCACUUAAAUGCUUUGUUAUUUUCAAAAAGGCAAUGUAUUUGCUUGAAUGGUGUGUUAUUUAUAUUUUAAGCCAAAAUACGGUUAAUUUACCAUUUAUAAUUGUCCAAACAAUGAACAAUGUUCUUAUAAAAUAGAGAAAUACAAGUAGGCAAAUUUAAGAAUUUCUUUUUUGAGGGGGGGGGGGGGAAAUGUCAAAUGUACCAAGAGCAGAGCAGUUUGAAGAAUUUAAUUGUAUACAGGUUGUCACCACAGCUUCUGUAACUCCACCACACUUCUGUAAAACAACCACUUUGCAAGUAGAUUAAAGUAGACAGUUAUAGUGGCAGUUAUCUGGUUCACUAGUAGAGAGGGUUCUGCGUUCAGAUUCAUGUAUCUCCCCUGAAGGGAAGCUAAAUUGCAAAUGACAAACUUCAAGAAGCAGACUUUAACUAUUCAGACCAGUGUUAAGCUCUGACUGGGUAAGACACUGAGAUGUUCUUAUACAGAACAUUCUGGCACUGGGACUUUGGUGUGACCUGCAGGACUGUCAGAUAUUACCAACAACAACCUAUGCAAUCAACCCUCACUCUGUAGUCUUACUGCAACUGUCUUUGCAUUC